AUGGCCACCGAUACCGGCUCUCGUCCUUGCUGUAGCAGCCACACAAGCGAUGACAAUAAUACUAACGGAGUCACAAUUGCACCAAAUGGCAAUCAUGAAGGCUUCACCGCAGUUCAGACCCGCCAGAACCCUCACCCACACAUCUCAAGAAAUCCGUACGGCCACAAUGCCGGUGUGACAGAUUUCCUCAGCAAUGUCUCCAGAUUCAAGAUCAUUGAGAGUACUUUAAGAGAGGGAGAGCAGUUUGCCAAUGCCUUCUUCGAUACUGAGAAGAAAAUUGAAAUUGCAAAGGCCCUGGACGAUUUUGGUGUAGAUUAUAUCGAACUCACCUCACCAUGCGCCUCUGAGCAGUCGAGAAAGGACUGUGAAGCCAUCUGCAAACUUGGAUUGAAGGCAAAGGUAUUCGACGUUGUUAUCGGUACUUCUUCCUACCUCCGUGAGCACUCUCACGGCAAAGACAUGACCUAUAUCAAGAACACCGCCAUCGAGGUCAUCAACUUCGUCAAAUCCAAGGGCAUUGAAGUCCGCUUCUCCAGUGAAGACUCCUUCAGAUCAGACCUUGUUGAUCUUCUCUCAAUUUACUCUGCCGUCGAUCAGGUAGGUGUCAACCGUGUUGGUAUCGCCGACACAGUUGGCUGUGCCUCCCCACGCCAGGUGUACGAGCUCGUCCGUGUGCUGCGUGGUGUUGUCAAGUGUGACAUUGAGAUUCAUCUGCAUAACGACACAGGAUGUGCGAUUGCCAACGCAUACUGUGCCCUCGAGGGAGGCGCCACGCACAUUGAUACCUCCGUUCUAGGUAUCGGUGAGCGAAAUGGUAUCACCCCGCUUGGUGGUUUGAUGGCCCGUAUGAUCGCCGCGGACCGUGACUAUGUUCUCAGCAAAUACAAGCUUGAAAAGAUCAAGGAUAUCGAAGACCUUGUCGCUGAAGCCGUCCAGGUCAACAUUCCUUUCAACAACCCCAUCACCGGUUUCUGUGCCUUCACUCACAAAGCUGGCAUCCACGCCAAGGCCAUUCUUAACAACCCCAGCACCUAUGAGAUUAUCAACCCAGCCGACUUUGGCAUGACACGUUAUGUGCACUUUGCCUCUCGCCUCACAGGCUGGAACGCCAUCAAAUCUCGAGCUCAGCAGCUCAACCUUGACAUGACUGAUGCACAGUACAAGGAGUGUACAGCCAAGAUCAAGGCUCUUGCCGACAUCCGGCCCAUUGCCGUUGACGAUGCAGACAGCAUCAUCCGUGCAUACCACAGAAACAUCAAACUUGGCGAGAACAAGCCGCUUCUAGAGUUGACCGAAGAACAGACGGCAGAGUUUGCUGCGAAGGAAAAGGAGCUUGCAGAAAACGGCGUUGAAGUUUCGGCAUGA